ACCUGUCAUUGGUCUGCGUACUAUGGUCAAUUAUUCUGGCAAACGGAUUCCGCUCUCUACCAGGAAAUCAUAUACUACUUGCUUAUUGCUCUUGCAUUAUGACUUUGCUCCAAUCGCAUUCGCGAUACAGGGAGACAUCGACCAGUCAAUUCAUAUUGCUACUCUCUUCAUUUGCGGCUAACAUCAUGUGCCUGCAGUGGAAACUGUGCCCCAUGACGGUACUUGAAUGGACAUUCCGUACAGUUCGUGCCCAUAAUACCUGCCGACUGUAUCCUUACAAUUCCGAGGUCAGAAAGCAGUCUUCUGCGAUGUAGUUCCUGAUUGCUGUAUGGGAAUCCCUACUGGUGUCCAUGGUCCCUUGGAGUUCCAGAUCCCUGCGAGCCGAGCACCCUCGGAGGUGUUUGCGAACUUUGUGCGACGCACACAGGGUAUCUUUGACCUACGCAUGUGCGGAUGACUCUCGGUCCCAAUAUAUUCCUGAGAGCUGGACCAUACUGUAUUCCAUUCGAGGGUAGAAGGAUAUACUGAAACACUCCGACCCUCGCCGCCGAUGUCAACCCAGCUCUUCGUCGUACCUAUGUAUACGAAAUCUCGUACUCUAUACCUUGGCCAAAAGGAUACUCCUCACGCCCCGACUGCAUCUACCUCCGUGAUCCAUUGAAAUUUAGACGACCGCAUUUCGUAUAUAAUACCUCGUCAACCCUCGCAAUUUUUCCUCACCCUGAAGCAAAGAUCACUAUAGGACCUUGCACCACAAUGAUUGGAAAAACUUUCACUAAACUUGCUCUCCUCGGUGUCGGUUUCUUCUACUCUGUCGCGGCGAAGCCAGCUCUGCCUAUUCCUACGUCCGGAACAUAUCGUAUUCAGAAUGCAGACACUGGUUUAUAUAUCGACGCUUUCGAGAGUUUACAAGACCCGGGAACGCCUGUCAUCGUUUUUCCCCUCAAUGAGCCGGCCACUGCGAACCAACAGUGGACAGUCAUUUUGUUUGACCCUCCCUUCGGAGAGCUCCAGUCCAUUAGCAGCUUUGUCACCUUCACAGGCACUUCUGGGAAUCUGGUCGCGACCCUCGAUCCUAGCGCGGCCAAUGUGAUAACGUUCUCAUCUACUCCUGGUGGUGUUUCUCUCUGUGGCCAGCCCACUAGCGUUGGAUGUCUUACAUCCCCCUCGACGGGUGAUACUCAGAUCCCUUUGUUACCUUUCACUGGUGCUCUUAACCAGACCUGGAUCUUCCAGCCUGUGUAGAGGUCAUGAGGGGAUGAAAGGUUCUCGUAAGGUUAAUGGAUCAAUUGAAUGGGUAUGUUCUACGGUCUGAUGAAACGAACGUGUAAAGUGUCGAAUUUGUAAUAUUACCAUGCAUGUGAUGUUCAAGCGAAACGACGUUUGAAGAGCUUACAGAAAGUUUGAACCUGGAAGGAUGUAUCAAUCGAGCUACACACUACGUCAUGUGAACUGCACAAAAAACCCUUGACACGACA